GGUAGGGGCGGGGCGCGGCGGGGCGCCGAGCCAAGCCGCGGGAGGAGUAAGGCAGAGAUAUUCGCCAGUCGUGGAGCGUCCUCCGCCACGCUUGCAUCCGAGUGAGUGCUUGCCUUCCUCACUCUCGUCGUCAUCGCGCCGCCACCCCCGAGGUUUGGUGGAUGUGCUUCUCUACUCCCAAUGCACUCUGGAGGGAGCCCCACACGAGGCCUCAAGUGAGCGGGCGAGGCAGGACAGCUGCAGUGCGCCGGGACAGUGCCUAAGGAACGUCACCGAGAUGACCUAUGCUGCUGUGCUGCUCCCGCUCCUGUGGCUACUGCUGUGCGGCUGUGCAGACAGGUCCUGGGGUUCCCUGGUGGCGGAGUUCGACCAGAAGGGACUGAGGGGCCAGGUAGGCUUCUUGGAGUCCUCUGAUGGGGAGGUGGUAGUGGCAGCCAGUGUGAAGGGCACCGUGAAGGGAGAGGCGUUCGUGUGGAAGGUUUACAGCACCCCAGUGGCCUACGAGGCAUGUGUCCCGGAGAACUACGGCGCAGAGUUGUUAGACUUGAGUAACGAACACGGCCUACUGGAGGGCGAGAGUGUGGUGAGUGUGGGACGUCUCGAGCUGUGGCGCCUUCUGGAUCGACCUCUGGUCCUGAAGUCCCUUUUAACGCUACGGGUCGUGUGUGCCGCCCUCACCCCUGCCACCCCCUCUCCCGCCACGACCUACACUGCCCGCUUCGUGGCCGCCCUUGCUGGCACCAUGUUCUUCAGACAGGUUGAGCUACAGCCUGCGGCAGUGACAGGGGUCCGCAUCAACAUGGUGGGCGUCAGUCCUCGCAUGGCGUCGCCCCUCACUCUCAAAUGGAGGCUCUUCGCUAGGAAGCACGAGAGCGAGGGGGAUUCGCUACAACACAUGAGGGACGGCUGCUCUUCCCUCGCUCCCUUCCCGGGGACGCUGGUGCACGAAGCCCUGCAGCCCAUCCCCAUUCACGGCCAUGAGGCGAGGCACACGCGCCACUACCAGCUGGAGCGACUGCCGGACCUCAACGCGCUGACGCGGAAAGGGACAGUCUACGUGGUGGUGUACGACGGGGAGUGGGUGGUGGCGUGCUCCAGGGUUACACGCCCCAGACCUCGCCGUGCCUCCUCUAUCUUCAAGUCCUACGUGGGUGGCGUGAGGCGAGGUGGCAAUGGAGGCGUGGCUGGGAUAGUCGAGCUGUAUCAAGUGUCUCCACUCGAUCCUGUCAAGCUGACCAUCAACCUUACGGUGUCCGGCGGGGACGCUGCGGCCUUUGGAAUCGACAACUUCGCUUCUGGUGAUAGAUUCUCCUGCACGGGACUCUCCCGUCGCUUCUACGAGCCGUGGGGCGUCGACUUGGACUUGACGCCCGUCCCAAGACAAGGCACAAAGGACUUGUACCCGGCGGGGGACCUGAGUGGCAAGUUUGGCACACUUCAAGGGCUAUCCGUGGCCGUGGCUACACUGGUGGAUCCGACCAUCACCCUCUUCGGGAGACACAGCGUGCUUGGUCGUGCUGUGGCUGUGUACGACCCCGAGUGGCGAGUGCUGGGCUGCGCGGAUCUAGUGGCCGAGGGAAGGCAGGUGCGGGCGUCAGCGUACUUCACAGGCAAUAUCAGCGGGGAGCUGCGUCUGGCACAGUCCGCAGACUCUCUGUUCUCGGAUACCAGCGUGUACAUGCGCCUCCACCACUCAGGAGGGCCGGACACAGCGGGACAUCUCUGGCACGUACACGAACGAGAUGCGAAGAGAGGCAAUGACUGCACCUUCGUCGGAGAUCACUUCGAUCCCUUCGCAAUAAACCUCGACGACAGAGCGCAAGACAGCGGAGUCAUCAUGGCAGCCCUGAGCCUGCCUCACGCUGCUCUUCAGGUGGGGGACCUGAGCGGGAAGCACGGACACCUGGCCAUUCCGGGGCCCUGGACAGCGCGAGACGACUGGAGCGCGGGGCAGCACCAGUGGACGGAUGAGUGGCUGCCUCUUGCUGGGCCGGAGUGGGCGGUGGUAGUGGGCAGGGCGCUGGUGCUUCAUCACCCAUACACCCGAACCCCCGCCCUCGCCUGUGCUAAUAUUCUUCUAGAUGACGAAAACACGUAACAUCUGUGUAGUGUUGCAGGAAGUGUUGUUUAAUGUUACGGUGUGUGUGUGUGUGUGUGUGUGUGUGUGUGUGUGUGUGUGUGUGUGUGUGUGUGUGUGUGUGUGUGUGUGUGUGUGUGUGUGUGUGUGUGUGUGUGUGUGUGAUGCAGAUGAUUGAGUCAGGACAUUACUAAAAACUCGGAAUGCGCACGAGUUUUGUAUAAUCGAAAAUGAAUAAUACUAUGAUAAGAGAAUAAAUGAAUAAAUGGAUAAGUAAAUGGAAGUAAUUCUUUAUUGUAACCAGUAAACCUGCCAUGUCUUGGCAUAGAAAAGGAGGUUUUUAGCUA